UCGAAUCGAUCAAAAAAUAAAUUGUAAUUUGAGAUAACGAAUUGGGAUAAAUACCCAAAGACAACCGAAAUUUUUAUUAGAGGCUACAAAUUGAGACGCUAUAAAUUAAUAAAAAGUGGGAACUCCUAAUAAUAACAAAUUAUUACAAUUUGAAUUAAUUGGAGAUGAGUGAAGAAAAUAAUUCAAGAUUUUUUCGCCCACCAUGGCAUAGACCACCUCAACCUCAACCACCACCUAUUGAGUUGCUCCCUGAUCAUGGGCAAAUGCCAGGUAUGGGCCCCCCGCAAUGGAGUGGACACCACCCUCAUCCUCAUCCUCAACAACCCCCACCACCGAUUGAAUUAAUGCCAGAACCAGGACAACAAUGGCCAGGAUUCCAUCCUCCACAACAUCAUCACCCAGCUCCACCAGGACAACCAUUUUAAAUUUUGUUUACACUUAUAUUAACCAAAAGGGAUGCAAGAUAUAAAAUAAUAUUACUUUGA